AUGUCCUCGUUUCGAGCAGCCAGGAGGAUGUUCUGCGCGGCGGCAGAGACAGCAGCGGCUCCGGCAGCAACAGGCAGCCGGUGGGAGAGACUGAAAAACGGCAAAGCGGGUGAGAAACUGAGAAUGAGAGUCAACCAGGAGGGAGGGAGAGAGAGAGGAGGGGGGAGACAGUUAAAACAGUCAGGGCAGCUCAAAGUUACAGUUAGUCUGCUUUUCUUCCUAAAUCUAAGGUGUUAUCAUCUCUCAGGACGGUUUAUGUUGACCUAAUAGACAGAGCAGUUAUUGAAAAGCUGCUUUAGUGAGACAUUAAACAUCCCCAACACUCUCCUGAUUAACUGCAAUAAAUUUAGAUUUUUGAAUGCGUUCAUAUUGAUUACCUACAGUGUUAAAGAUAAGUGUGCAGUUUAAAGUGCAUAAUUACACCUAGAAAGGCAACAGAAACUGAAAAAGGGCAAAAUGACUGUUUUAGUACGAAAGAGAUGUUACAUGUUUGUGGUUCAAAAAAUUGGUCUGUCUCUGUGGAAACAGUUUAGUAAUGAGCCUUCGCACUUAAAUUAAAAUGUAGCUGAUCAGUGGCCAAAACAAACUCUUACGUUGGAUUUUAUCAGAUGUUUCAUCGCUAUCAGCACAAGAAGUCGCAAACUUUUUAUUCAAAUAUCAGUCAUUUAGAGCUCAAACUAGGAAAUAUUAACAUUGAGAAUCAAAUGAUGCAGAUUUAAAAUCAACAUAACUGCCUCUGAAGUUUUAAAGUUUAACCUAAUUUCUUAAAUGAUGUUUUAAAGUCAGUUUAAGUCAAUAAAAAUACAAAAAGGUGCAGUAGAUGAAUAGACUAAAGGUCUCUUUCUCCGUGUCUGCAGGUGUGUGGUUGCGCGGCCUGGUGACCGACUACAAAGAGGCGUGUCGGGAGAUGGUUGUCGGUGCGUGGGAGCGACCAAUCAAAGCCUCAGUGUACGGGACUCUGCUAGGCGGGGCUGUGACCUGUUUUUACACCAAACCUGACCAGUCGUCAUUCGAGGCCGCCCUACUGGAUCGAUCAAACCAGCUCGGCCUCCUCUCCCCCUGGAUCCGAAACGCCAACUCUGACGGCCACGUGCAGAGUCUGAUGAAGCUUCGUAACGAGGGCCGGCUCCGUCACAUCGGCCUGGGUCUGCUCUCUCUGGUGUAUCGGGCAGACUUCGACCCGGCGGUCACCCUGUACGAGGCCCAGUGCUCCAACCUGUCGGUGCCCUGGAGGGAGCUGCAUCAGCGGGUGCUGGAUGUGGGGUUCGUGGGCUACUGGUGGAUCCUGGACUCAAAGAUGAAGGACUAUGAUGUGAACGAGGAUGAGUUCAAGCACCUGCCAGGGCACAUGCUGCACACAGCCCCGCCUGGAGUUCAGGAGGUGGAGAAGAGCGAGAGGCUGCACAAAGAGUCGUGGUUACCGCCGGCGGUGGAGGAGGAGGAAGCAGAACCAAAAGUACCAGAGAGAAAGGAGGAGAUCACCAGUGAGGAGGGACAAACAAAGGAGGAGCAGAGUCCAGCAUGA